GCGACGGAAGAUCGGGAAGAUGGCGGCGGUACAGGGGGUUUCAAUGCAAAGCAACAGUCCGGCAAGAGAGCUUACUCUUGGGGCACAGACUGGGGGCGCCUCGGCGACUGGAGAUCGAGUAAAAAUAGAAGAAGGGACGGAGGCGGAGAAGCAGAGUCGAGUGAACGCCCUGCUUGAGAGACUGCACGCCAAGCACAACGCUUCUCGGCCAUGGCAGGAGACAAGCAAGGUGGUGCGGCAGGCCAUGGAGAAGCGUGGAGUGAUAAAUGCUGCCGGACACCAGCUCCUGCUCACCUGUCUGGAGACUCUGCAGAGAGCACUGAAGGUGUCUUCACUGCCCUCCAUGACGGAUCGCCUGGAGUCCAUUGCUCGACAGAAUGGGCUAGGGUCCCAUCUCAGCCCGUCUGGGACCGAGUGCUACAUCACCUCUGACAUGUUCUAUGUGGAGGUGCAACUGGACGCAGGGGGGCAGCUAGUGGAUGUCAAGGUGGCGCAUCAUGGGGAAAACCCUGCGAGCUGUCCAGAGCUGGUCCAACAUCUGAGAGAAAAAAACUUUGAGGAGUUCUCCAAACACCUCAAAGGAUUGGUCAACUUGUACAAGCUUCCUGGAGACAACAAGCUAAAAACAAAGAUGUAUCUGGCUCUCCAGUCUUUGGAAAUGGACCUCACCAAGAUGAUGCACAUGUUCAGGUUGGCCACCAAUGCCAACACAGUAGAGACAAUUCUGCAUGGGAGCGUGGGUCUGCUUACCGCUCGGAGUGGAGGUCACCUAGUGUCCCUGCAGUGCUACGUCUCACCAUAUGAUGUGUUUGAGGAGGGGACAGGCGCGCUGCUGAACUUCACUGACUCAACCGUUCCUCGCUCUUUGGGGGUCAGUGUGUCAGUGACAGUGGAGGGCACCUCCUCUGUCUACAAGCUCCCUAUUGCGCCGCUGAUCACAGGCUCCCACCCAGUGGACAACAAGGGGACUCCCUCCUUCUCCUCUGUGACCAAUUCCAACUGCGUCGACCUGCCAGCGUGUUUCUUCCUCAAGAUGAACCGGCCCACUCCCUUCUCCCUGUCCUUCAUACAGAGAAUGGGCAAUGCUACGGGUAUCCCUGUGUUUGAGACCGCCCCCACGCUGGCGCCCCUCUAUGAGCUCAUCGUACAGAGCCAGCUGCAGGAGGAAGGGGGAGGUGCCCUGCCCCCACACACUCAUGCUAUGCGCUUCUAUGCAUCUCUGCCUGGCCAGCAGCACUGUUACUUCCUGAAUCGUGACGCACCCGUGCAGGAUGGACGUUGCCUACAGGGGGCGCUGGUAUCCAAGAUCCCCUUUCGACACCCAGCGCAGGUGCCCGCGCUGCUGGACGUCAUCCGGCACCAGGCCGCCUACAACACCCUCAUCGGGAGCUGCGUCAAACGCACCCUCAUCAAGGACGACACACCCGGACUCCUGCAGUUUGAGGUGUGUCCUCUGACCGACUCCAGUUUCAGUGUGUCCUUCCAGCACCCAGUCAAUGAGUCCCUGGUUUGUGUGGUAAUGGAGGUGCUAGACUCAAGGCAGGUGUCUUGUAAGCUGUACAAGGGCUUGUCCGAUGCCCUCAUCUGCACAGACGACUUCAUCACCAAGGUGGUCCAGAGGUGCAUGUCCAUCCCCGUGACCAUGCGAGCCAUCCGCCGCAAAGCAGAGACCAUCCAGGCCGACACCCCGGCCCUGUCCCUGAUCGCUGAGACUGUGGAGGACAUGGUAAAGAAGAACCUGCCCCCUGCUGGUAGCCCUGGUUACGGCAUGGGCACAGGGGGUAGCGGGGGCAACCCCAUGGGCCUUCCUGGGCCUGCAGGGGGCAAUACGCCCACGGGUGGGGGCGGCAGCGGGGGCAGCGCCGGGGGAGGGGGCUCGUUCAGUGGCACGAUGCCCUCGCUGUUUAUGACCCGGGGUGCAGGGUCAGGAGGGGAGGGCAUGGGGCAGAUGGGAGGCGGGGGGCAGCAGCAGCAAAUGCAGCAGCAGCAGCAGCAGCAGCAGCAGCAGCAACAGAGCCACUCGGAUGACUUCAGCAAAGUGACCCAGAACCCCAUCCUGACCAGCCUCCUGCAGAUCACAGGCAGUGUGGGCUCCAGCCCAACCCCCCAGGCCCCGUCUUCUGGGUCGCAGCCCCACCAGACCCCGCCACCCACCUCAUCCCCUGCCAGCAACACCAAGAACCACCCCAUGCUGAUGAACCUGCUAAAAGACAACCCUUCCCAGGACUUCAGCACCCUCUACACCUCCAGCCCCCUGGAGAGGCAAAACUCGUCCUCCGGGUCGCCCCGCACAGACACCCUCGGCGGCAGCAGCACCGGAGGCGGCAGCAAGGGCAAGAAGAAGCGCCCGCGAGGCACGGAGAAGGGUGGCGUGGUGGGCGGAGGGAUGGGGCUGAAGCAGCAGCCGGGUGGAGCCAUGCAGCAGCCUCCGCAGCAGCCUCCACAGCACCACCAUCCCCACCACCCCACUGAGGACGACUUUCACCGCGAGCUCUUCUCCAUGGACACGGACGCCUCCCACAACAUCUUCGACGUCAACCUCCCGGGGGAUGGGCUGGACACCCCGCCCAGCAUCACCCCGGCGCCCAGCCAGUGCGGGACGCCGCCAGCCGGCCCCGGGGUGCCGUACCACCCCCAGCCCCACCCCCAGUCGCAGACCCAGCCGCAGCCCCCAGGCUCCAGCCUGACCCGCAUGGUGAGGCUCUCCAGCUCCGACAGCAUGGGGGCCGACAUCAACGAGAUUCUGUCUGACCUCCCAGAGCAGCCGGUCAAGGGGGGCGGCAGCAGCAGCCACAGCCAGCACCACAUGGGAGGGGACGAAGGGGGACCCCUAGGCACCCCGCCACGAGACUCUUCCAGCUCGGGCCAGGGCAGCGCCGUCUUCGAGGCUGACCUGUUCAACGCUGGCAGCAAUGAGAACCCCUUUGCUGAUCCGGCAGACCUGAUCGGCGAGCCUGCCACCGCGGCCACGCCGACCAGUGAUUCCUCCUCCACCAACUUCUUCCCAGACACUGUGGAUUUUAACCCCGACCUUCUGGUUGGGCCGGGCUUCCCUACCGCUUACUUUGAUGACAGCCCCUCCAGCCCUAACGACGACCUGGAUCUUGUAAAGGGCUUUGGCGGGAGCAGCCAGCAGAACACCCCAACAGGGACUCCCCAGAACCCCACCCCACACGGCCGCAGCACCCCGGACUCCUCACUCAAGGACCCUUUUGACAUAGGAAUGGUUUUUGGGGGCAGCGGCGGAGGGGGCAAGCCGCUGCUGGGCCCGGCCCCCGACCUGGGAGACCCCCACUCCUCCCAUUCAGGGGGAGGGCAGAGUCCUCUCGUGAUGAGCAUGGGAGGGGUGGGGGGCGACUUUAAAAGCGCUGACUCCAAGGCUAAGCAGCAGCAGCAGAUGAUGCGGGGGAAGGAGGAGAAUGGCGGCGGGGCCAGCUCCGGGCUGGGAAUGGCAGGAGGGAGUUCCUCUGAUGGAAAGCAGGCCAAACGUAGCCGUACCCCCUCCAGUGAGGGCAAGCCCAAAGACAAGCCACCCAAGCGUAAGAAGCUGGAUCCGGAUGGCAAGUCUCCGUCUCACAGCUCGGGGGGUCGGCCUUACACUCCGCCCAGCGGGACCGCAGGCUCAGGAGGCUCCAUGGGUGGGGGAGGAUCCAAAUCUCCUGGCAGCUCUGGCCGGUCACAGACACCCCCUGGGGGUGCCACACCACCCAUUCCCAAAAUCACCAUCCAGAUCCCAAAAGGAACACUGACAGGUGGCAAGACCUCCUCCCACGGGGGAUACACCUCCAGCAGCUCAGCAGGAGGAAGUACAGGGGGCACAGGGAGCAGUGGGGGAAGCAAAAGCCACCAUUCCCACUCCUCCUCUUCCUCCUCAGGCAAGAUGAAGGCUAAAUCCGAGGGCUCCAUGAGUCAGGGCAGCAGCUCAAAGCCAAAUAGUGGGGGAGGGGGAGGAGGAGGGAGCUCCCAGUCAAAGAGCUCCUCGCAGGGGCUUGGUGUCGGUAAGCCGGGGUCCUCCCCUAUCACCAAGCAUGGACUGUCAGGGGCAGGAAGUGGAAGUAGCGGAGGGGGAAGUGGGAGCAAGAUGAAGCCUCAGGGAGGCAAGCCUCCUGCAUCCCUCAUCAACCCAAACAUCAAGCCUAAUAUUUCGCCCUCUCACUCACGCUCUGGUGGUUCCGACAAGCUCUCCUCUCCCAUGAAGCUGCAGCAGACCCAGGUUCCCGGCACCCCCCCGUCUUCCAAGGCAAAAUCCCCAAUGGGCUCUGGAGGUGGAAGCUCUGGAGGGUCCAAAUCAUCUUCGGGGGGUGGCAUGGGGUCCCAGAAGCAGCUGGGUGGUGGUUCUUCGUCCGGCUCAUCUUCCUCAUCCUCCUCAUCUUCCAGUUCCUCUUCUUCUUCCGGUUCCUUGUCCUUCUCUGCAGGUUCCCAGUCACAAUACGGUGGCAGUUCAGGUGGGGGAGGUGGAGGGGGUGGGAACAACCCCAAUGUCAAGGGCAAGUCACCUAGUCGCAACAAAAAGCCAUCACUGACGGCCGUCAUUGACAAGCUGAAAGGUGCUGGAGUUGGAGGAGUAGGGGGUGAAGACGGCGGAGAAGGAGGUUGUGGUGCCGGUGGAGGAGGAGGAACUGGAGGUGCCGGAGUUCCCCCCAACAUUGUACCCCAGUCCUCAAAGCAUGGAAUGUCAUCCCAGGGCGGGGAGUACCUGAGCAAACGGGAAAAAGUGGAGAAAGAAGGGAAAUCCAAGGUGUCUGUGUCAGGGGGUGGCUCGGGAGACAAGAAGCCACUGGAUUCCAAGAGCGGGGGUGUGGGCAGCACAGGGGUGGCCAAGAUCAUCAUCAGCAAGCCAGACGGGGGUUCCCCCAGUAUCAAGGCAAAGGUGACCCUCCAGAAGCCAGGGGACGGGUCGGGUGACGCCAUGCGCUCGCAGCUGUCCGGCCUCAAAGCCUCACCCUUGUUCAGCGGGUCCACGCCCAAGCAUGAUCGCUCCUCCCCCAGCCACAGCCGCUCCCCGGGGUACACGCCCCUCAACCCUGACAGCGAAAGCGAAUCCGGCAGCAGCUCGGUGGCCGAGAAGUCCCACCAGAACAGCCCCAGCUCGGACGACGACCAGGCCCUGCGGCCACUGCAGGCCCCUCACGAGUACAUGAGCUCUGCGCCAGUCAGCUCAGGGGAGAAGCACAAGAAGCACAAAAAGGAGAAGAAGAAGCAGAAAGAGAGGGAGCGGGAGAGGGACCGGGACAGAGACCGGGAGCGCGACAAGGAGAAAAAGAAGUCCUCCUCGUCCUGCACCCCCUCGUUGCACACCAUGAAAGCUGACAGCUGGUCUCGCUCACCCAUUUCUGCCCCAGACCCCUCGCUUUCCAUGCUGGGGCCGGACCGCCCCAGCCGCCCCAGCCCCGCCUACCUGCGCACUGAGGAUGAUGACCUCAUGGACUCCGCCCUCACUGGCAACCUGGAACCCUUCAAGUAGAAGCGGUUUUUGUCACUGUGUGUCCCUCAGCGCUCAAAUCGCACAGUUGUGUCGGGUGGGAUUCAGACUGUGGCUCGUAUUCAGCCCCAUUGUCGUCUUUCCUGAACAGGCACUCAAGAUUGCCUCCAGAACAUGUUAAGGUACAAAGAGGAAGGGGAGUUUUACUCUUUUGUUUGGAGUCAGACAUUUUGAAGCCUUUCAAAUUAGACUUAGAGGUACAAGAAUUAGAAUACUUAAGUCCUCUACAUAAUUAGUGUCGACUUUUUUUUAAAUGGGACAGUGUUUUAGUCAGUAUAUGGACAAUCACUGUGCUGGACUUAAAUUGAGAGAGCAUCUUGUUACUGUGCAAUUAGUGUUGUGAAUCCGAUCAAGACUGGCGAACCCACUGAUUGAAAUUCGUACGUCAGUGUAAAUUCAGGAGGUUAGCAGUUUUUCUGUAAUAAAGCCUCUCCCAAUGUCAACUGUUUUUGUUCUGCACUGUGAAAACUGAAGUGUAUGAUCCUCUCAGCUAAUAAUGAAAAAAAAAAGAUCUGACUAUAUUCUAUUGUAUUUGUAGUUACUAGAGCUUUCAUCAAAAUACUACUGAAUGAUUCUCUAUUUUAAAAAAAGUGAAACUGUAG